AAGUCUAGUAAUAUAUUAUUCUUUGUAUUUUCUAUACAAUUUCUAUUGUUAACUGUUGGGGUUUUCCUCUUUAGUCAUAAUAUUUAUACUGUGUUAAAUUAUUUUAAUAUAUUAGGAUAUAUAUUUAUAAAUCACACUGAUCACACAAAGUCUCACGGCACAGAUUUCAGUGACUAAUAUCCGAAAGCCAUCAGUUCUAUAAGGACAUGACCGUCUCCUUAUAAGUCUUUAACGAGUCGAGUAUCGAAGUUCAGCAAUCAUAUGUGAUGUCCGACGGCGACCCGUCUCUCGAAGAAGACAUACCGCGGCCUUUACUAGAGAAGGUUGAGGAUAAUGUGUUCACGCCAAAGAUAGCAACCCCUAUUUACGCGGGCAGCGUGAAGUUGCACCAUAAGAGGUCUGACGCGGCGGAAACGGAGACCUUCCUGACUGACGCGCAGCGCAAUGACCUCGCGCUCCAGCAGCUACUGCAGGAUGGAGAUGGCGACUUUAACCAAAAGGAGAAGGAAACGCAACAGAAGAUGGGUGACCUGCGCGCAAUGUCGGUGCUCAGCACGUACCAGGACAACAUGUCACAGGACAUGAACACCGACCGAGACAACGGUAGCGAAGCGUCUACCCGCGCCGCAGAGGAGUGCGCGUGCGGCGAGCCCGCGUUGCCCGGCGUCUCCGCCACUAGCAAUGGCAAACACCCUGCCAACCAUUGCUCCAUCGUCAUGGGUGGAAUACAGAACAACCCAUCCCUGACGUUCAACGAUCAUGUCCGAUCGGUCGACUUUGUGCUGGUGUGGGAAGCCGGUAAGGAGGACGCUUCCAAGCCCGAGGCGUACGAACAGCGCCGUAUCUUCCAGGACAACCUGGAGAAGGAAGGUCUGCAGCUAGAGCCAGAGGCACCGGCGAACCUGCACGGACUCAAUUUUAUUAAGGUUCACGCGCCACUUUCAGUCUUAAGAGAUUAUAGCGAAAUAUUAAAACUUCGAAUGCCAAUGAAGGAAUGCAGUAAGAUACGAAAAAGUGGGAAGACGAAUGCGAUACUGAAUGCUGCAAUGUAUAUGUCUAAGUUUUCAGCGCUGAAAGAUGUGUCGGAGAAGACAAAUAGUUUAGUAGACCGAAUAGAGGCGGGGUGGGACGGCGUCAUGUCAAAUAUUCGCGUGGACCCUGUCAAGUUUCCGGAGCGGAAGCACCGCCUCACGGCUAUAUACUCAAAGGACAAAGAAUAUCUAUUCGACACGUCGGCGGAGUGCUUUUGGACGCCGUCGAUCCGGUCGCGCAUCGUGCAGUUCAUCCUCGACCGCAAGAGGUUCUCCGAAGCCGAGAACGACGAGUUCGCCUUCGGCAUCGCUCGGCUCAUCACGAAUGGCACUUACAGCGCGGCUUAUCCACUGCACGACGGCGACCUGAAGACGCCGGGAUCCAUGCGGCACCUACUCUAUACGGAGUGGGCGAGCGUCUCCAAAUGUCUCAAAUAUCAACCAUUAGAUUAUGUAAAAGACUAUUUCGGCGUCAAAAUAGGGUUGUACUUCGCGUGGCUCGGCUUCUACACCAACAUGCUGAUCCCGGCAUCUCUUGUGGGACUCAUUUGCUUCAUAUAUUCGGCUGCUACAGUGUACCAAAACAGUGUGAGCGAGCAAGUUUGCACCUACAACUCGUCGAUUAAGAUGUGCCCGCAGUGCGACUACUACUGCGACUACUGGGACUUGAAGACCACCUGCCUCCAGGCCCGGAUCACUUAUCUAUUUGAUAACCCUACUACUGUAUUUUUUGCCAUCUUCAUGAGUUUUUGGGGGGCGUGUUUCCUGGAGCUGUGGAAGCGCUACUCGGCGGAGAUGACGCACCGCUGGGACCUCACCGGCUUCGACGUGUACGAGGAGCACCCGCGCCCGCAGUACCUCGCGCGACUCGCGCACGUCAAGCGGACGCAGCUGAACGUGGUGACGGGGCAGCGCGAGCCGAUGGUCCCGUUCUGGCGCAUGCGUCUGCCCGCCACGCUCAUGUCCUUCAGCGUGGUGGCGCUGCUCGUGCUGCUGGCGCUGGCGGCGGUGCUCGGCGUCGUGCUCUACCGCAUGUCGCUGCUGGGCGCCAUCGCGCUGCGCCACCACGACAACGUGCUCAUCACGCACAACCCCAUCAUGUUCACCACCGCCACGGCGGCCUUCAUCAACUUGUUCCUAAUAUGCAUUUUUAAUUACAUUUACCAAUGCCUGGCCGAGUGGCUGACGGAGAAGGAGCUGCUGCGCACGCAGACGGAGUUCGACGACUCGCUGACGCUGAAGAUCUACCUGCUGCAGUUCGUCAACUACUACGCGUCCAUCUUCUACAUCGCCUUCUUCAAGGGCAAGUUCAUCGGCCGCCCCGGCGCCUACAACCGCUUCUUCGGACAGAGACAGGAGGAGUGCUCGCCCGGCGGCUGUCUGCUGGAGCUGUCCAUCCAGCUGGCCAUCAUCAUGGUGGGCAAGCAGUUCAUCAACACGGUCGUCGAGAUGCUCAUGCCCUAUUUGCUCAAGUGGUGGUACAUCAUACGUACCAUCGGGAGGAAAAACCGGAUUAAAAGUCCAUUGCAGUGGGUGAAAGAUUUCAAACUAGUCGAUUUCGGCAACAUGGGUCUUUUUCCCGAAUAUUUAGAAAUGGUGUUGCAGUACGGUUUCGUGACGAUCUUCGUGGCGGCGUUCCCGCUGGCGCCGCUGUUCGCGCUCAUCAACAACGUGCUGGAGAUGCGGCUGGACGCCAAGAAGUUCCUCUCGUGCUACCGCCGGCCCGUGCCGCAGCGCGUCAACGACAUUGGCGUCUGGUACCGCAUCCUCGACUCCAUCGGGAAACUUAGCAUCAUCACUAACGGUUUCAUAAUCGCGUUCACGUCGGACUUCAUCCCCCGCCUGGUGUACCAGUUCGCGAACGCGGGCUCGCUGGACAACUACGUGAACCACACGCUGGCCGACUUCAACGUGACCGUGCUCGAGCACGUGCCGCCCAACGCCAAGAACAGCUACAACGAGACCACCUGCAGCUUCCCGGGCUACUGGCAUUCGGGCGACGACCACAACUACGAGCGCAGCAACCUCUACUGGCACAACAUGGGCGCUAGACUCGCAUUUAUCGUGGUGUUUGAGAACGUGGUGGCGCUGGUGAUGAUAAUAGUGCGGUGGGCGAUCCCGGACAUGUCGGGCGAUUUGCGCGACCGCAUCCGGCGCGAGGCCUACGUCAUCAACAGCUUCAUCCUGGAGGAGACGCGCGCGCGCUCGCUGCCGGGGCGCACGCGCUCCACCGCCUCCGCCUCCGCCUCCGCCUCCGCCUCCGCCUCCGCGCCCGCGCACGCGCCCGCGCCAGGCGACGCAUGCGCCAGGCCCCCAGAUGAGGUGGAGUCGACGUGGAACCACCUGCUGUCGUCGUCCCUGUCGGGGUCGGACUUCGACCUGGCGGCGCACGGCGACCACCAGGCGCUGCGCGCCAUCACGCAGCCGCCGCCCGCCUCGCAGCCGCCGCCCGCGCACCUCUAGUCGGGCGCCACACACACAACUAGCCAUCGAUAUCGGAACAAUCUGUUCCGCGUGUUAGCCACAGUGGAGGGCUGUCCUCUUUAACUUUUCCCGGUCAUGUCCACUGAGUUAAAUAUAGGUUCAACUUACCGGUUGCGUACGCAACGUAACGUCAAGCACAAGCACAUCAACACACGCAAGCUUGCUGUGCCACAUUGACUGCGAAGUACAAAACGUGUACGUUCCGGUGUAACCGAGCCUGAAAGUAUCGUAUAACGUUUUACGUUUAUAACCUUUUAGUUGACUUUGACAAGAUUAACUUUUGUACUAACGUAUAUUUAAGAAAUGAGUGGAAUUUAUUCUGACUUUAUUAAGCGGAUCAAUGGUUACGGGUGGCAGAUAUUCCAUCUGCCAAUAUCUUGGUCUGUCCAAUGUCAUUGCGUCUCACUCUCUCAUUAAGCAUAAUGUGAGACAAAAUACACAUUGGCCAAAGAAAUUGGACAGGUGGAAUACCACCCUAACCAAGGCAAACAUUUUACUACGGGUUUUUGUUAGUUAUGUGUCGAUCUUGACGUAAUUCGAUGGUUGCGACAUUACUCAGUAAUCUUUACCGUGCGUUUAAUAUAGUUGCAAAAUGUCCAACAUCACAUUUUUUAGGAAAUAAAUAUAUUUUUAACCGAAAUUAAACUAUGUUCAAAAUAAAAAUAAGCAUAAGCACACUUCUAAAUUAACAAAAAUAAUUUCUCCAUGAUUUUAAAUUGACGUUCGUGUUGCCUAGAUAUCAUACAAUAAAAUAACACUUCUACGUAUAAUAAUAACAGGUUGUAGCUCAAUAUAAAUAGGGAUGCUUGCGUGAAAUACAACUUUUUAAGGUGCAGUGAGUUCAGGUCCUCCGACCGCAGCUCGCUGGGCACUGAGCGGACGGCCGUAACGAAAAAAGUCAUCCAUUAGUUCUAUCAAAAAAAAAAUUACGCAUUUUUAUAAUAGUGCACUGCCUUACGGGAAUAUAGUUCAGAUUCGGAAACCGCUACCAACUUUUAGUAUGUUGUCGGGCAUGGCAUUGGGUCUCCAAAACUGCCUGGAGACAGCGGCGCCGGCCAUCUACUUCAGCGGAAUGACGUCAUCAAAAUGACUCCCGCCUCGUUGCGAAUAAUGCAUAUUUCAUCCAAACUAUGAAUGGCACAUACACGUGUGGGGUAUUGAAUGAAAGCCAAUUAAAUAUGCUAUUUUUCAUUUAUACAGUAUGUACCAAAAUAUACAGCAGUUUAAGAGCCAUUUACAAAAAAAUAUUCGAUUAUUUGGGUUUUACAAACAAACCAAAAGUCGGACGUUAAAGAAAUGUACUAUAAAAUUAAAGAUGACGUCUGAAGCCAUACACUGAUAUCAAUAAAAUCAAAAUUGGACCAAAUAUGUGGAAAUUAUGCAUCAAAAUGUAGGUAUUUGCCAGUACAAAUGCAAAAAAGUUAAAAAAUUCCAAAUUGGUCAUUUUCAGGAUAAUCCGCGUAAGCUUCUAGUAUGUUAUUAGCAAUAUGACCUGGAUUCUAAAACUGCCGGGAGACCAUCUCUAUUGUCAAUCUGUAACAAAUAAUCUCUGCCGAAUUUCGUAACAUGUAAAUUAUAGCUAUAGCAUGAGUCACACAUACACGUGUGUUAUAUGUAAUGAAAGGUUAUUAAAUUUAUUAUGAUUCACGUAAACAUUGUUUGCAAAAAAAUGUAUGGUUUAAGAGCUAGAAACAAAGAAAUACCACUUUUUAUAGAAAAAGAUGUAUAUCGAUUUUAUAGUUAAACUAAAAUCGAAAAUAAAAUGUUGCGUAUAAUAUUAAAAAAAAACAGUUAUUCAACUAUACAUCACAACUUAAAUUUUAAAUUUCCGAUAAAAACUGUGGAAGUUGUAGAAAAAAAGCUAAAGCGCGUAACAAUUCUACCUUAAUGCGUUCAUAUUAUGCAAAGAAUAGUUCUAAUUAUCGAGUAUUAAAUGAAUGAACAGUACAUAAAAUACAUGAAAACUACAUUUUCGAAUGGAACCUGAGUAAAAAAAAAAAUUUGCUUGAUAAGUAAGCAAAAUACUGUUUCUUUAAGUACCUAAUCUCCGCCUUUGAAAGUCGGUUAAAAUGUGACUUUUGUGACCUGCGGGCUCAGCACGGUUCCAUUUUUAUCGACUAUCACUAUGCGCGUCCCUUUCGCACUUACAUACUUGUUAGAACGUGACAGGCAUGGUGACAAGGGAUAAAAACGCGACCGUGCUAACCCGCCUGGGCUACAAAAACAAAUAAAUUGACACCUCAUUUAUCAAAAUCAGUUCAGUAGUUUCAUGUAAACAAUACAUAUCUACAUAGCAGUUCCUGCCGUAGUCGAGUAAACAUUAAAAUGAAAUAGACUCUUAUUAUCAUGGCCUAUCGCUACAUUAUUAGAGAAAUGUAAAGUUACAUGCCAGUAAGUAGGUACAUGCCUAAUACAAAAUGCCUUAUCGAGGCUUAUGCAGUUGCUUAUGCGAUACAUAAUUAUAUAUUUAAGCCUCGAUUAGCCUUAUAUAGAAGCAAAAGUUAACUACGAGCGCAGCGAGUAAUUCGAAAAGUGGUAUCUUGAGUGGUGCAAAGGUUUCAAGGCUGAGCUGAGAAGGCUGGCAGAAUUUUCCCUCUGAUCCUCUGAAAUACAGGUCAGCCCUCUGGUCAUUCGAAGCCUCCAUAAGGCAUCUUGCUAACUCAUAGGGGCGACGCCCGCUAGGCCUGCUAACAGCUACGGCCUGAGGGUUUCAACGUUAGAGGCCAGGCCACGCCAGGCCAUAAUAGUAAAAGUCUAAUUAUUUAAUUUUAAUUUUUUGCCCGACUACGGCAGACUUUGCUAUCUAUGCGUGCAUGUGUAGGUACUGUUUGCAUGAAACUACUGAACUUAUUUUGAUAAAUGAAGUGUCAAUGUAUUUGUCUUUGUAGCCCAGGUCACAAAAGCCACAUUUUAACCGACUUACAAAGGAGGAGAUUAGGUACUUAAAGGAACAGUAUUUUGCUUACUUAUCAAGCAGAUAAAAUUUUUUUUAAUUUAGGUUCCAGUCAAAAAUGUGGUUUUCAUGUAUUUUAUGUAAUGUUCAUUCAUUUACUACUCGAUAAUUAGAACUAUUCUUUGCAUAAUAUGAGCGCAUUAAGGUAGAAUUGUUGGCGCGCUUUAGUUUUUUUUCUACAACUUCCACAGUUUUUAUCGGAAAUUUAAAAUAUGAGUUGUGAUGUAUAGUUGAAUAACUGGUUUUUUAAAUAUUAUACGCAACAUUUUAUUGACGAUUUUAGUUUUGCUAUAAAAUCGAUAUACAUCUUCUUUUUCCAUAAAAAGUGGUAUUUCUUUGUUUCUAGCUCUUAAACCAUACUUUUUUUUGCAAACAAUGUUUACGUGAUUCAUAAUAAGUUUAAUAACCUUUCAUUACAUAUAACACACGUGUAUGUGUGACUCAUGGUAUAGGUAUAAUUUACAUUUUGCGAAAUUCGGCAGUGAUUAUUUGUAUGACGUCAUUAUUUGUUACUCAUUGACAAUAGAGAUGGUCUCCUGGCAGUUUUAGAAUCCAGGUCAUAUUGCUAAUAACCAGAGCUCGGAUUUUUCACGGCAAAACAAAACUAGUCAUCUAAUCUAACCAGUGCUUGAAAUAUUAUUUUAUCGAUAUCGAGUAUUACUGGAGUAUAUGACAGGUAUUGUCUCAAUACAUUUUUAGGGUUCCGUAGUCAACUAGGAACCCUUAUAGUUUCGCCAUGUCUGUCCGUCCGUCCGUCCGUCCGCGGAUAAUCUCAGUGACCGUUAGUGCUACAACGCUGAAAUUUGGUAUGAGUAUGUAUAUUUUCCACGCCGAAAAAGUGGUACAAUAAAAUCUAAACAAAAAAUGUUUUCAAACGCGCAAAUUACGACAGGAGUUAAAUUUCAUUCGCGACAACUACGAAGUAAUAGCCUCUUCAAUAGCACAAUUGCAAUGUUCGACUUUGUCCAUUGCGGAAUCCUUCCUCAUUCUGGAUACUGUUCGUUGCUACGUAAACUGGAGUAAACUUUUACCAGUGAUACGCAAAUUUGAAGCUGUGCUCGAACGAAAUCCUGAUUACGAAAUUUUAAGAGACAUAUCUGAAAAUAUUACCCGAACUGAAAAUGAAUUCUAUAAAUUUGCUCCCUUGACGUCAAGUGAAGUUGAACGUACAUUUAGUGUACAUAAAUGGCUUUAUAGCGAUAAACAAAACUGUUGAUUAUCUACUCCUAUCACUAUUACACAAAUAAAAUGCCAUGUGCUGCUGUGUGUACUGACGUAGAUAUUGAAGAAUAAAUUGCGUCUGUUUCUAAUAUAUAACUUCAUACAAAUGUUUUUAUUACAUAUUUAUUUUAUUCUUGACGUAUUUUCUUCUAGCACUGAAUUAUCGAUAUCGAUAAAAUAAUGUUUCUAUCACUGGCUAGAUUCCGAUAAAUCCGAGCUCUGCUAAUAACAUACUAGAAGCUUACGCGGAUUAUCCUGAAAAUGAACAAUUUGGAUUUUUUUAACUUUAAUGUAUUUGUACUGGCAGCCACCUACAUUUUGAUGCAUAAUUUCCACAUAUUUGGUCCAAUUUUGAUUUUAUUGAUAUCAGUGUAUGGCUUCAGACGUCUUCUUUAAUUUUGUAGUACAUUGCUUUAACGUCUGACUUUUGGUUUGGUUGUAAAACCCAAAUAAUCGAAUAUUUAUUAACAUCAUUUCUUUUUUUUUUGUAAAUGGCUCUUAAACUGCUGUAUAUUUUGGUACACACUGUAUAAAUGAAAUAUAGAAUAUUUAAUUGGCUUUCAUUCAAUACCCCACACGAUUAUGUGCCUUGCAUAGUUUGGAUGAAAUAUGCAAUAUUCACAACGAGGCGGGAGUCAUUUUGAUGACGUCAUUCCGCUGAAGUAGAUGGCUGGCGCCGCUGUCUCCCGGCAGUUUUGGAGACACAAUGCCAUGCCCAACAACAUACUAAAAGUUGGUAGUGGUUUCCGGAUCUGAACUAUCUCUUCGACCGUUUCCCAUAAGGCAUAGUACUAUAAGCAAUUUUCAUGUUAAUAGCUUUUGUGCAGAACUAAAUACUUAAAAAUUAGGUAUUAAUGGUGCUUUUAUGCGUUUUACCUAUGUUCGUGUUUUUUAGGGUUCCGUAUCUCAAAAGGAAAAAACGGAACCCUUAUAGGAUCACUCGUGCGUCUGUUUGUCUGUCCGUUCGUCUAACUAUCUGUCUGUUCGUCGGUGACAGCCUAUUUUCUCCGAUACUACUGGACCAAUUAAAUUGAAAUUUGGUACACAUAUGUAAUUUUGAGGCCACUUUUGAGCAAAAAUGACAAAAUAAAAUAAUAAAAUUUUUCAAAUUAUUUUGUGUUACAUAUGAAAUGAAAGAGCUCAUGCAUUGUGAGAAUCUCGAAUAUUUUAUUUUAAUUUAAAAUAAAUAGUUGCGUGAGCCAGAUGAAAGUGCGUGCCCGGGGGAGCGCGGAUAUCAUAUGUCUUCUAAAUUUUUAAAUUUAGUGUGUUUUAAAAAUAAAAAAGUAAUCGCUGCCUCAAGCACAAUAUUGCUCAUUUUAAGAAAUAAUUUUCAUAUGCUUAGCUUCCUACGUUCGUGAUGUUUUUCUAUCGGGCGAAAGUCAAAUACUCACAAUUCGAAUCGCUGAAGUCCCUAGAGAAAGGCCUCAAGAUUAUGGCAGCCGUAUUAUGAUCCAAAAAUAGCUAAGACUUUUUUUUAAUCCGUGAUCAGAACCUAUUGCACCUUAAGAUUGUUAUUAUAAUUUUUUGGCAACCGUCUUAUGAUCGAAGAACUCUGCCGACUGAACGCACUGCACCUUAAGUAAGAGCAAGGGUGAUGAAAAACAUCUUGAACCUGUGUAUGACGAACAGUAAUUCGUAAAUAACAGAAUCUCGAAUCUAAAUUAACUUAAUUAUAAUAUUAAUAAAUGUUUUAGCAUUAGCGUUAUAAUUUAUAAUAUUUAUCCAUUUUCUAAUUGUGCAGUUUAUCAAUGUAGUGUGUUAGUAUAUUUAAAAUUUGUAAUGUUAAUAAUAUUAUUGAGUUUAUUAUGAACUUCGCCAAAGAAAUGCCUAUUAACGAAAAUCCAGACAUAGGAGUUUAACGCGCACAUAUUUAAUUUUUUGUUAUUAACGAUACAAUUGUGGAAAGACUGGAAAGUAGGAAAUUCGCAACAAGCGGCGAUAAAUUAAAACACGACCGAAGGGAGGAUCGUGUUUUAAUUUAUACUUUUACUUUUACUUUUACGUGUUUUAUUUUUACUUUUCGCACUUACAUAUAUCGUAAUGUACUAUUAUAAAAGAACCGAAACGUAACUUAGAGUCUUAAAAGGUUUUUUCUCUGUUGCUUUGCUUAAAGCGAAGGAUAUAUUAUAUACGUACUAUUUAUAUUAAACAAAAUAAGCUUUGUUAAGUACCUAAUCAUAAUUUUGAAUUUAUAUUGGUGCAAUUAUAGACUGCAUCGCAUUUAUAUUCAUGGUCCUGAAUGCGUAGCCAACAUUGAUACCAAUAUUAACGGAUACUUAAGAGAUUUUAGAAAAAUAAUGUAUGUACUCUUGAUACUACUUAAUGUGAUGAAGAGGCAUAUCACGUACUAGCGAGUCCGUUAGCAUUGUAAACAGCUUGUAACUUAUAUGUUACUGUAUAACCUAACACGUGCAAUUGUCCCAUACACGACUAAGUCGAGAGGUGAACCAUAAAAACACUAUUUAUUAAUAAGUAUUUUUGUGUACCUAUGCAUCAAAUUAAAAAAAAAAAGACUAUAAUGAAUCUCAAAGGUUUUUGAAGUAAUCUAUUUACAAUUUAUAAUGCAGAGGAUAUAACUGAUGUUAUAUUAGGUACUUAUUUACAUUUAUCACGAGUAGUGCUCGUUAGUGCAGUAUGGAUUUAGAAAAUGUGGCUGUAAUAUGCUGACCUAAAGGCACCACGCACCAUCCGAUUAGUAAAAUGUAAAGUAGGUAUAUUAGCGAACAUAUUCUAGAUCUGCCGGUACACCAUUAUAACUCACACAGUCAACUCGUACAAUCAUUGUAGGUUAGACAUGGGUAAGUACUAACUUUUUUGAUGCCUUGCUAACAAAUAGUAGUAUAGAAAGAACUACAGAUAGAACCUUUUUUUUUUAAAGGGAAACAGUUGUUAGUAAUGGGUAUUUUUGAGACUAUUUCUAUGUUUUUACUUACACAUGUAUAUUAUAAUAUUAGAACGUAAUAAAACCCAAUUCACCCGACCCCUACCAAUAAGAUAUUUGUGAUUAAAAACUAAAGCGGUAUUUUUUGUGUAUUGGAUCGAUGUUGUCUAACCACGUCCGCCUAUAAAUUGUACUUGUUACAUGCUGCUCAAAUACUCGCAGUGUUCAUUGAGGGCCUUAUAAUGUAUGUCUAUUGCCAAGUGUGGAUUCGUCAUCUGUUAGGUGACUUAGGUGUACCCUAAAGUAAGUGGUUAAUGUAUUAGAUUAGGGUAAGAUCAGACGAGCAGACGAAUCACCUGAUGGUAAGCAGUUACCCUCGCCAGACACACGAGAAGGGUUGUGAAGUUACAUCACAAUUUAUUCCACUGCUAGGCAAAGGCCUCUACCCUUGAUUUCCACGACACCCGAUUUAGUACUUCCUCCGACCUGUUGUGGAAGCGCCAUUGCGGGAUGACCUGGACAGCUUCUCUCCAUAUCUCAUUAAAUAUUGAUCAUAGCGAAAAAGUGUAGGUACAGAAUCUUUUGUAGAAAAUGUAAUGUAGAUUACUUAUGUAUAAGAUUAUUUUUUGCUAUGGGCCACCGUUUAAGAGUUAUUUGCGAAAAAUUAUAAAAGGGACCUUUACAUCUCUACCUAUGCGUUAGCUGUACCCCAUCUACAUAUAUGUACUUUUAGUGUGUUGUUUCGCACAACUAUGCCAAAAUUAGCUUAUAUACAUGAAUUUUUGCCCUAUUUGGCAGUUUUUGGUUUUCUUUCGUUUGGUGAGCUAUGGGUGAGCUAUAUAUAGAAAGUACGAUGGAGCGGUGAACAGGAUGCGCACGCGCAGCCAACAUGCCAAUCGUUUAUGCUCUGUAGCGAACGAAACGCUACUGUCACUGUCGCACUAAUAUUAAUAAAGAGUGAUAGAGAGAAACAAGUUCUUUGUCGUAGCGCAAGCGAUUGUCAUUACUGCUAUUAAGCCCCCAGGUUUCUAAAGGCAUAAUCUGAGGAUGGAUGCAUAGACGUUUAUUGAACAUCUAGAUUCCGCUAGGUCUAGGCUAGCCGCUUCACCGCCUUCGCUUCUGCCCUCCCCAGAUUCACUGAUUACGUAGUAGGUACGAGUAUGUACUAUUUUUUCUAUUACACUUGGUGCUUUGUAUUUUUUACCUUAGGAAUUUAUGUAACAGGUAGGUCCUACUUAUUUGUAAGCGAUAUUAAGAAUAAGAUAUAUUCGACUAUUGUGCAAGAUUCACUUGCUUGUUUUGGCUGUUUUGUUAGUCCUAGUCAAAUUCGUUAUCUGAUUUAAAACUAUUUAACUAUUAAUUACAUAUGUAACUCGUACUCGUACGCCAAACGUUAUUAGUAGGGUACCUAGUAUUUUGUUCUAAGUAACAAAAUGUUUUACUACUGGCUUUUAACUUUGUUGUAGGUAUAACUUAUAAUAUAUGUAUUAUCUUAUAGUAUAUUGGGUAAAAUACUUUGAGGCGCAGGAAGAUCUUCACGGAUGACUAGAAAAAAUCAAGGAUACCAACUUUGUCAAUAGAAAAAGGCGGGAAAUUUUAAAUAUUCAUGUGAAUUCGAUCCUUUCCGCCUACAUAUUCUACUGACAAAGAUGGCUUGCCAUAGUUUAAAUAACUUAUCUCGACAAAUAAAAUCUUAACAGCUAUGGGUACCGUAAAAACUAUCAACUACUUAGUGGCCAAAAUUAAGUUCAAUGUCUUCGUUCAAAUGUUUAUGGGAAGUAUUUAAAGUAUCUAAUUAAUCUAAUGGUAAGUAGCAGUUCUAAGGCAAAAUACCUACUACCUAAAUACCAAUAUGAUUGACCCUUUUUCAUCCGAUACGAAAUAAGAAAUAAACGCGAAACGAACGAGACGAGCGAUGAUGGUACCGAACUGGACGUAGUUGGGUGGUUUUACGGUAGUUAUCUGAUUACGGUGAUAAUUUGAUAAAUGUAAGAACUUAAUUGUGAGAAAAGAAAAUCAUUUUUUAUGAUGUGUCAUUUUUACUGUUUGUACUUAUCGCUUUGCUAUUAAUUUUAGCAUGUUUUUGUCUUUAUGUUUCGUAACAACAUUCGUCUAAUGUUUAAUGGCUGGUAAGGUUUAAGUCUAUAAUUUUGUGAUAUUGUAGGUACGUAUGGCCGUUGCAGAAAAAAAAAUGUGCUUUUAAUAUGUAUAUGUCCCUCAAUUUAUUGCUUGUUGUUUUCAAAUUUAUAUUUAAAAUAAAG